AAGAAAUAUUAUCUCUGAAUUAAUUGCGAACUAAUUGCGAAUUGAGAAGUUGGGUCAACCUUGACCAAGUGAGAUUAGUAUGGAGAUCAUAAGCUAAUAAAGCUAGAGCGCCUCGUGGAUUUGAGUUGAGUAAUCCAAAUCAACUGGAUCGUCAUUCGCCACUUUUCCUCAACACGAGUGACGAAAUAUAUUUUAAAUCGGCAACCUAAUUAAUUAAGUAACCUGGAAUCAAGUGACAGGAAAUCAAGUUACUUUAUACUACUGGGGAGAAGUUAGUUUAUAUGCACUUGUUGGAGGUGGUGACCAGUGGAUGAUAACAUCUUAAAUGACCUCCGUCUUCUCCAGAACUCCAAAUCUACGGACGAUAUUAUUUAUAUCUAGACCAUCUCAAAUUUUGAGGAGGUUUAUUAGCACAGGGUCAAAAAUCCAGCUAGAAUUCAAGAGCAUGAAUGUCUCAUCCACAAUUUAUGGAAUCAAGGAACUAAAUUCCAACACAAUUUGCAGAUACGAGGUUCUUAAAAUUGAAGAAGAGUUUGUAGAGAAAUCUGCGAAACACGGAGCGAAUAUUCUUAAAUCUGGUGGUGUCAUAGGCGUACCGACCGAUACAGUUUAUGGAAUUGCAGCGGAUGCCCAAAAUAAUGAAGCGAUUGCCAGAAUUUAUAGCAUAAAAGGAAGGGAUUUCCGAAAACCGAUAGCUAUCUGUGUCAGCUCUAUUGACGAAGUUUAUGAAUGGGGAAAAGUUGGCGUUCCUACCAGCUUACUAGAUGAUCUACUCCCAGGACCAGUUACCCUUGUUUUUGAAAGACAGCCAUCACUUAAUCCCAAUUUAAAUCCAUCUACAAAUCUGAUUGGAAUCAGAAUCCCAGACAAUCGAUUCAUUGUUAAUUUGGCAAAAUUUCACGGUGGACCAGUCGCUUUAACUAGUGCUAAUUUCUCAGCUUGUCCAAGUACCCUUGAAGUUGAAGAAUUUAAAGAGUUAUGGCCCUCGCUAGAUUUGGUUUUUGAUGGGGGGAGACUUUCAAUUUGUGAGAAAACGGAAAAGAUUGCACGUGCCGGAUCUACGGUGAUUGAUUUAUCUUCCGAGGGCUUUUACCGUAUCAUUAGGGAAGGAACAUCCCACACAAAAUGUGUACAAAUUCUACAAGAUAAGUACAACCUUCGAAGGAUUUAGAAUCAGACAAGACGACGAACAAUUACCACAACGGGUU